UGUGUGGUGCAGGAGGAGGUGGGCGUGUCCUGCGGCCGGUGACGUCAUGUGCUCGGAGGCGCGGCCGGAGCCCCACCGGCCGAAAAUAGAGCUGGUGCGAGUCUCGAGCUCCGAACGGGCCAAGAUCCCAGUCAACCCGGUGCAGCUGAACCUCACCUACCACCACGUCAGGAGCGCUACCUACGCCAGGCCAGGCACCAAGCCCCUCUCCCCCCCUGAUGCCGCCCCCUACCACCAUUACCACUACCACCACCACCACCACUAUCACCACUACCAUCACCACCCCUCCAACACCACCACUACUACCACCACUUCCACUACCACUACCACCAGAAGGCCACGAUGGUUAUGGGCUCCUUGGCGCUCUCACUCGUCCACAGGUCCCCUCUCGUGCACCAAGUCCUGCGACGACCUGAACCGUGUGAGCGGUGCUGCCCAUUCUGCUGCCAGCAGGUCUGAGGGGUGCCUGCUGACGCUGCUGCUCACCCCUCGCUCAGGCGCUUCCCCGCACAGUGGCGCCAAAUACCGGCUGUGGCGAGGCUUCAGCCGCAGCUCAAGGGACGUGAGUGUACUGCCCACGCCCAACCCGCCCCGCACCGCCGUUAGCCUCACACUCAUGGACAGGCUUACGCCCAGGCCAGCGCGCCCCGUGCGCCAUAAGGCCAGUACCUUGCCCUACUCCGCCGCCUCGGGCCCGCAGCCAGCAGCACGGCGCCAGCGGGGUCUCGUGGCUCUCCUGCGGCGACUCAGUCCCAGAAUCAAGAGGUCGCCGUCUCCCGAGAGGCAGUGGGUGACGGUGGAGCCUCGUCCGCCAGACCGCAGCUCCAUCGCUUCUGACCAUAGCUUCGAGGCGGCGCUGCAGAGCCGCUGCCCUGACCUGCAAGCGCCGCCUAGAACCACACCCGCCCACACCACCAACGAAACAUCAGGGAAGGGCGGGGAGGGUGGAAGGAGCAGCAGAAGUGGGUUGAGCAGCCUGCUCACUUCACUGAAGUCCACCAAGUCUGCCCGCCACGAGAAGCACACCGCCCACGACUCGUCAGGCAAGACGCGUCAUGACCAGCGGCGCCCAGACACACCGUCAGGCCCCCAGCGGCAGCGGCGCCUUCCGAGCAGCACGUGGCCGACGGGGACGCGAUACCUCGUCCAGCCGCUGCCGACCCUCCCGUGCCCGCCACCCUGGUGCCCGCUCUGCAGCUCAUACAUUCCCAGAAUCAUCUUCCAUUAUGCCUCUCCAACUCGUCGCCUUUGUGUGCAGCGUCUUGUGACCCUCCCACGGCGACACUUUACAUUCCUCCGUGCCUUAUCCCUCGCUGCUUGGUCCGCGGGAAGCGUCGGUAUAAUAAUAAAGGUUGACUCUCGUGCAGCGACAGACCUGACCACCAGCCUCACCUCUCUCCAAAUCAGCACCCGGCCCACAGUCACAGUCCAGCGACCUCACACACUUAACUUGCCCACUCGCGCCCACACCAGAGUGGGGUGGACGGCUGAUCCUGGGCUGCCACCCCACCCACCACCCCCAUCGCCACUACCGCUCUCAUCACUCCCACCUCAAAUGUCCCAGUCACUCCACACACAGACCACCUCCGUCGAUAGUAUAGGUUCCUGCUCACUUGACGUCAAUGCUACAGGCACCACCACUCCUGCCACCAUGGUUUUGGACGGUUCUGAGCACAGCCUUCGCAGUGUUAGUCUUGAACACAAGCUUUCUGAGGUAGGGGAUAGUGACGUGGUGACCCCGACCAGACCAAUCCUUCGCCCCCAGCCCUUCACUGACCCAGGUCCACCUCCAAGGGACUCCUUCAAGACCCCAUCAUACCUGGGCAUCUCCUGUGCUGUUAAUGGCUACAAUAGGCUGAAUAGAUAUGACUCCACCUUAAGGGAAGGAUUUCGUUCCCGGGACGCCAGUCCAGCACGUUUAGCCUUCAGCAGAAGCAGGGAUUCAAGUCCUAUGCGCCCUGAAUGGAAGGGCUUUGACUACAGAACAAAGGUCUCACCUCAAGCUACAGCUGCCAAGAUAAAAGAACUGAAGGAGGAACUUGCCAGAUUUAAGGAAGAGUUCCCUCAUCCACCUGGAGAACGUGGUCGGCAGAACAUUUCUAAAAGGCUUGGGCGGCGACCAUCACAGGGUCGCAGUAUAAGUGUUGACAGAGGCUACCUCACAAAGUCCACCUCACAGGGCACCAUGAACGGCCUUGAUACCCCCAUCGCCAGCCCAGGGCGCAUGGUAGAAAUCACCAUGACUGACAAAAGUUCUAUCAAGUCCUCCAGUUACCAAUACUCAUAUGAAGAGAGGACUGUGAGGAGUAAUGGUUCUGAAACUACAAGCACCUAUACUUGUACCACACAUGCUAAUGGAGACACACCUGACAAGUCCUUCAUUCAGUCAAGGAUUGAGAGGCUGUAUGGACCCGGUGCUCUUGGGAGUGGCUUCCGCAGUCGCCGGUCACUUCUGGAACUGGAGAAAGAACAGAAAGACAGAGAGGCAGCAGGACACCGAAGUCCCUUAAUUGCCCCACACAGUGACAGCCACUAUGACCCAGAUGCCCAGGCCCCAGAAGGCUUCCCCAGUGUGUUCAGGCAUCUCAGGCCAGAAUUUCGGACGCAGUUACAAGUGAAACGUAACACAGGCACACCCAAAAUUUGUCUUUCUCCCCAGCCUCUCUCUCCCAGUCAAGUGGAAUCUCCCAAGAGGCCUGGCCGGGUCAUUCCUAUCACUCUAACAGACACAUGUGAGAGGAAGCCCUCCAAACCUCCAGUGACUCCCAAGCCUGAGCUGCCUAUCAGUAACGACGUACAACGAAGCAACAGCAAACCAAUGGUAGUUCAAAAGAUUGUCAAUGGUAAUGGAAAUAUUGAGGAGAUAGAAGUGACUGUAGAUAAAGAACCUAGUGUUAAUGGUAGUGUUGAGCACAAAGUGAGUGAGGAUAAAGUAAUAGAGGAUUCUACUAACCGGACUAGUAAAGUGAACGGUGUUCCCGAGUCGGUGAAAGUGAAUGGUAUCGUGUCCGAGGAGGCUGUGGAACAAAAAGAUGGUCAUUAUUUCUUAAAGAUAGUAGAUGAAGUUAUUCGUGAAAUUGAACAAAAAGUUGCUCAAAUAGAAUCCUACCUGGAAGCAAGUGGAAGUGAAAUGAGUGAGGAGGUUAAGGGCAAAGUACUGGCAGCUGUCGGCAAAGCAAAGCUCUUGGUCUCCCAAAAGAUUCAACAAUUUCAGGGCCUGUGUCACAAAAACAUUAAUACCUCUGCUGAUGAGGAGUUCCCCACUACUUGUGAAGAUCUUGCUGGUUUCUGGGAUAUGGUAUCCAUCCAAGUAGAGGACAUCAGGCAGUCUCUGAAGGAAAUAGAGACACUGCGGUCCAACAACUGGCAGGAGAGGGUGGAUACAGACACCAUUGACGGAGCUGAAGUGAUGGUUAGCACUGGGAAGGCAAGAAGGAAGCCAGCACCUCGCCCCUCCAGGCCAGCCAGGUCCACAAGGGCUGGAGUGGAGAAGACUGAGGAAGGCAAAACCAGGGAUGAAGCAAGAAGGAAAAUGAUAGAGGAGAGACGCAAGGCAAUGAAGGAAGCAAUGAAGGCCAAGAAAGCAGAGGCUGAAGCAAAGAAGGGAGAAGAUGCAGUUGAAAUAUUUAUUCCUGAGGGAAAGUAAGCAUGCUUUCAUGUGUGACGUUUUCCUUUGAUAGGGCCUUACGGCAAAUACAUUAAACAUUUGGGAGGUAAGCCUUGGAACCGUAACCCAAACAUCAGGCAUGCUGAUUUAUUAAACAUACAUGCCACCUAACAGUUUGGGAGGAGUUGCCAAUCUUGUUGUAGGCUACAUUAAAUUAUGAUCAUCCAUUUUAAUUUGUUCAGUAGGCUACAUUAUUUUUAUAUAGCAUAACAAAGUAAAAGUUUAAUCUAUUGUAACAGUAAGACACCAGCACUUACUUGUAAGAUGAUAAGGAAUGUGGACUCACUCACCCUGAGUUGCCAAACAUUAUUUCAAGACGUGGCAGGAAAAUAUACAUCGCUGAUUUUAAAAAUAGUCUGCGCAUCAAAUGCAAUUACACACUUAUAUCAUGAAGUACAUCAGUUUAUGGGUUACUGAUGAAAGGCGAGAUUAAUGAAGAUGAUAGGUUGCUGUGCAAUGUUAUGCUGAUACCGAGUAUUUACAGUUCUUGACAAUGUAAAUAAAAAAGAUAAAAAUAAAAAUUAGAAUUAUAAAAAGCUGGUGGGUUUGGCAACGUAGCUAAACCAGAGAUGUGCAGUGAACUGGGAAAUUCCGGGCCAAUAGGAAGGCACUGUGGCCCUGCUCCUUUCUUUGAAUAAAAUGUGUCUUCAGCAGCUAAUCAGAGACAAGUAAAAAUAAAGUGUGCUUGGAUUGGCUACUGAUGAGGCUUGCUGUAGCCAGCUGUGUGCCUACCAAUGCAACUGGGUAUUUUCUCAACCCAUGUCAUUAUUUAGCUUGUAUUUUUAUCAGAUAUAAAGGCCAAUUUCCUACAAUGAAGUGAGAUUUCCCUUAUAGAAAUAUGGUUCCAGUGAAAAAAUACAUCUAAAAGUGAACGGUGAAUUAGUGAUAGUCUGAAUCACAGUAGAUGUAUAAACAAAGUUACUUAGCAACGUAUUUACUCGUUUUUAAUUUCUAUUCAUUACAAAGACGAAUAAAAAGAAAUUGAAAAUGUAACGUUUCAAAAUAGAAAUUAUUAUACAACAAUGGAGUUUUAGAAUUUAAAUAAUAUAUAUAAUACAACGGAGUUUUUACAGCAGUGACAGUUUUCUGUGUGUCUUCAUGACACACAACAGAAUAUAGGAAACUGUGUUAGUGUGCGUCUCUUUAUUUCAGUGAAAAAUUAAUUACAUUAGAAUGAAAACUAAGAUGUUGAUGUGGCUCGUAUGCAUUAGGCCGCUUUUUGGUAACACAUUCCUACUGUUUGUAAAUGACAAUAACAAUAACAACAACAUGCAUCCACUCUCACUUCCAUGCUGAUCUUUGAAUUAGGGAUGAAAAACUGCUAGUUAUUAUUGAAUAUGUUUGUACAGUAGUACUUUUCUACUGUGAAUCUGAAAAUAAAACUUUUCAAAUGGGAUUAGCCAAUGCUUUCAGAGUGUGUCUGGCUCCCAAUGCUUUCUUACCCGAAAUUUCAAUAAUAUCUUCAGGUUAUGGCACUCUCCUCCGAAUGUUUUCGACUCGAGAGUGUUUGAUGAAUUGUCUUUAUGGGAUUCGGGUAGACCAAUAGCCCAAAUGUUUAAUGAAUCAGCUGUUAAUGUGUCACAUUUUGACUUAACUGCUGUCUCCAAUGUGAGUGCUACAAACUCAGCUUUAAUGUUCAUGUUGUAUGUAUGUGUAUGCAUAGACAUACAUUCGUUUGGUUAUAGACUGUGUGUGUGUGUGUGUGUGUGUGUGUGUGUGUGUGUGUGUGUGUGUGUGUGUGUGUGUGUGUGUGUGUGUGUGUGUGUACAUGGUUAUGGUGACAAUGUUUGAUGGAGGCAAUAUUGAGCAGAUUGAGGGUUCCUGGCUCAAGGAAACUUGAUGCCACUCUGGUGAUAGGUACUUGCUUAGUCAUUGAUAUAGUUGAAGAAGAUAUUGAAUGCUAUUUUAUAAUGUUCUUUGGUAGACUUUAGGUGUUAUCAAAGAAACACUGCUCAAGUUAAGGUAGGGAUGGGAGACCACUCUGGAAGUAAAGAUCAAUACAUGAACUAUACAUAUAUACAUGUAAUCACCUAUUUAGAAAAUUUGAUUUUUGAGCAUAGAUGUAUAAUGGAUGAACUUUUCUCAACAUACCAUUUUCUUUAUGAUAAUUUUAGUGGUUAAGCUUUUUUAGCCUCAAAUAUUGUGUUGUGUGUGACAGAUGCCUUAUUCAGUGUGUGGCAUGGCCAGGAAAAGGCUUGUUUCUUGCUGCAUUACUCCCACUUGUUUUAUACAUAACAGGUGGUCAGAUAAUACAGCAGAGUAUAUUAUAAAAACUUAACAAAAUGGAAUAUCCUUUGCAGCCCAUGCUAUAGAGUAUUUACAGUUUUUAUUUAUUGUUUCAUGUUUAAACUUUUCACAAUAUACAAGAAUAAAAUUAUUUUAUACUUGUACUUUCCUCUUAUUUUCAUACUUUCUCAUCACUUGUUCUUGGCCAGGGUUUUUUUUUUUUCUCCUUACCCUCCUGAGAAGCAUUUAUAGCAUACAGCAACAUUGCAAUCCAAAGGAUCUUUUGUCGUAACUGCAUUUUAAUACACCAAUUUAUUGCUAGGUUCACUUAACAUCAUUGCUAGGUUCACUUUCAAUCAUUGCUAGGUUCACCUUAAAUCAGGUCGUAGCAUUGCAUGUAUCAUAUCCUGCACAGACUUGCAACUUUUCAUUAAAUUGUUUUCAUAGCAUUUUGAUACAUGAUGGUGUUUGCACAAGUUUUUACAGCCCUUACACUACUUUAACACUUUCUUUUUAUAAACGAGUUCUGUAUUUACUGCAGAAACCAUCAUCAUUUCAUUGUCACAUUAGAGACAUAACAGCUGCUUCACAAAAUGGAAUAAAUAUGUAACUGGCUUUUCUAGCUUAAGAAGCCAAAUACAUCUACUGUAUUAUUAUUCUUGCAGGUUAAAGUGUCUUCCUUAACUCAUAGUAAGUAUUUGAUGUAAUGUGUUCUCAUUGUCAAUAGUGAGUUUUAUCAACAAAAGCCCAGUUUAUAGCAUGUAAUUCUGCUAAACAAAAAAAAUUUAAGGUAAUGUAAAGAAGUUGAGAGAUGGUGGUUUAGUGGAAGCAACUCAUGAGAACACUACUGUUGAUGUAAUAGCAGCUUUAUGGGAGGAUCUGAAAGUAAACCAUGUAACUAAUGAGGCACUGUGAAGUGAUGCAUGUAUAUUCCAAAUUUAGAGAGAGAGAGAGAGAGAGAGAGAGAGAGAGAGAGAGAGAGAGAGAGAGAGAGAGAGAGAGAGAGAGAGAGAUGGGUAUGAUGAUUGUGGUAUGUAGAUACUCUGGGUCUGUGGAUCAAGAGAGGGAGUUGGAAAGCCUACUAUAUAAUUUUCUUCAUUUAAAUUAGAGCUGCAAUUACCAGAUGAACAACUGAAUAAACAAAGAACUAACUCCUCAUUUUUCCUUCAAAAUAUUUCAGUUAUUCAAAUUGAUGUGGAAAAAUUGUACUACAAAAACUUAAGCAUUAUACUAUGUAAAAAUCUCUUUGGAAUUCACAAAGCAACCAUGGAAGCAUGGAAGAUGACUCAGCUUGGCUCCAUACAUGUCCUUCCUUUGACUGGUAAUGAGUGCAUCCUGCAGGUAUGGGAGACUCAUUGGUUGGUUUAAAAAAAAAAAAAAAUUUUCAUUUAUUGUAAACCCUGAGUAUCAUUUAGUUAGAUUUUAAUGGCAAUUGCAGCUUUAGUUUUUAAGAGUAUCUAUUUAUUAUGGUGAUAUAUAUUUAUACAGGCAGUGACAAUCAAUGUUAUAAUCGUGUUGGAACAUUUCUGGAUUAAGUUUUCAAAUUUUUCUUGUUUAAUAGAUAAUUGUUUACAGAAAAGGGGACAACACUGUUUUACGAUUUUUAUGCCAUCAGAAAUGUGCCUUGCCUCUUCCUGUUUAAGUGAAGAAUUUUAAACUAUUCCAUUUAUAUAUGCUUAAUUGGAUAUAUUAAUUCUACAUAUGUGAAUGUUUUUUGUGCAGUUCUUGGGUUAUGGCAGCUGUUCAUGUUUAUGUAAGCUUUUAUACACCAAAUGUUAACAUUUCAUUAACAUGAGAAAAUAUACAAUGUAUAUAGUUGGGCCACUGAAUUAUAUGAAUUUAAACCUG